AUGGAAAACAACGUCGUACCUAUUCCUCCAGUGGAUUCGUGUGCUGCAGGCUACCGGUUCUAUCAAUGCAGCGAUGGAGGCUUCUCAGGCUGUUGCUCCAUUGACCCUUGCGAUAUCAAAGUCUGCCCUGUCGAAAGCAGUCCAUCUAGCAGGUCUCAGACAGCAACUAUUCCAUCGACCACCUCUGCAGAAAGCAGUAUUUCCACGGGCAUGACAGUCCCAGCGUUGACGAUUGGAUCUCCUACCUACUUGGCACCCUUGACUACCACUGCCACUGUCACUGCAUCUUCUCUAUCCGGUACCAGUUCGUCUAGCGGCCCUUCUUCCUCUGUACAUGCUUCUUCGUCCGGUCGAGUCAACACCAGCGGUGCCAUUAUUGGAGGGGUUGUCGGCGGUGUGUUAGUUCUCAUCAGUCUGAUUACUGCAAUCCUGUUCUGGUCUCGAAUGAGAAAACGGCCACGCACACUACACCAUGAUCAUGAAAAAUGGACAAAUGACGAGACUUUAUCGAGUGGGCGUGGCUAUGGAGACUCCAUCUUUGAUUCGUAUCUUUCAAACGGAAACAAUGAUGCUGUUGAUCCUAAAAAGUAUGAAAAAUUGACACCAAUGAGCGAUGACACCAACACCAACAACAACGUCCCUAUCAAGCUGACACAACCAUCUCCUUGCAUCUUUGCCGAACCACGGAUCGUCGAGUCAACCACCGGUUCUUCUUCUACAAAGUACUUUCAUAUUCCCAGCUCAUCCUCACCUCGCUUCUUCAAGUACGUUGACAGCAGCAGCAACCCAUCCGCUAGCUCUCUCCACAAGAGCUGUUCUGCGCAGACGGAGUUUUCCGAUUCAAGUGGACAGAUCAGCAUCGCUGGAGGAGUCCCGGUUCCCCGCAGCACCAGAAGUGUAUCGGGACAAUGA